AUGAUUGACGAAAUAGCUGAGCUGAAACACGACAUUGAUAAGAAACUUGAGAAGGAGGAGACACAUCUGAACCUGCUGCGUCAGUGCUUGAACAGAUAUGGCACCAACACCCAGCACAUGGUCAACAUUCUUAACAGCUUUGAAGAAAGGCUGCAGAAUCUGGAGAAGACAAUCGUUCCUGUGUACAACGAAACUGAGAAUUUGAGGAGAAGGCAAGAAAAUAUAGAAAAAACCAUGCACACAUUGGACAAUGUACUUAGCUACUACCACACAGCUAAAGAUGUGGAAGCCACAGUCAAGGAAGGGCCUGCAGCCAGUGAUCUGGAGACCUACAUGGCAUAUCUGGAGAAAGUUUUAAAAGCUAAAAAAUAUUUUGAAACAUACAGCCCCAAUAGCAAGGAGAUGAAAGAAAUUGAAAGAAUCUUUGAAGAUGGAAAAGAAGCUCUUCAGCAUGAGUUCAAAUCUCUACUGAACCGUCAUGGCCGCCCUGUGCCUCCUAUUGUUAUCUUGGAUCUUUUGAAUACAGAUGAAGAGCUUCCUCCAAUUGGAGCAGACACAGAUUUAGCCUUGGAACAGCUGUCAGAGAAGGUCACACAAGAUUUGAGAACCAUUUCAAAAUGGCUGACAGAGUACGGAAAGAGCACUGAGUUUAUUCGCACGUACCAGACAGCUAGAUCGUUCAUACUGAGUCGCUCUCUUGCAGGAAAUUUCACGAAGAAAGCGUCAUCGUUAUUACAGUUAGAACAAAGUCACCGUAAACAAGGUUCAUAUCCUGAUCCUAUCAAAGAAGAAGCUGCUGACCUGGAGACGGAUCUUUACAUUAAUGAGAUCAGUGCUUUGUUGAGGCUGAUGCAGAGUGAAGCGCAUCUGAUGAGGGGAAUCAUCCCAGAGAAGCAUCAGAGAACAGCUUUUGAUAAUAUCAUUCAGCAAGCUCUGGACACUCUAGUCAAUGAAGGAGAGCUUCUGGCUACGGCAGCUAGGAAGAAUGUUGCCAGGCAUGAGUUCACAGCCGUGCUGUCAAUCUUUCCCAUCGUGCAACACUUGAGGGCUGUCAAGUCAGAGUUUGAUUUGAUUCUGGAGGGUUGUCAGGCUCCAACCAGAGCCAAGCUAACAUCUCUGUUGUCGACACUGGACAGUACUGGAGCCAAGGCCUUGGAGGAGUUUACGGACAGCAUCCGGAAUGAUAAAUCUACAACAAUGCCAAAAGAUGGAACAGUUCAUGAGCUAGCCAACCAUACUAUCAUAUUUCUGGAGCAGCUCCUGGAGUAUGCAGAGACUGCUGGUGCUAUGCUACUGAUGCAUGGUGAGAAGUCAAACCCAUCAGCGUUGAUUACCCCAGAAAACUGCAGGAACAAAUUGGCUGAUUACAUGACCCGAGUGUUGUCAGCCCUAGGAUUAAACCUCAGCAACAAAGCUGAGACCUACAGCGAUCCCGCCUUGAGGCCUGUGUUCAUGUUGAAUAAUUUCAACUACAUAAUCAAGUCUUUGACCAGAUCAGGGCUGCUAGAGCUGUUGAGUGCAUGGAAUAAAGAUAUAGCAGACUUUUACAACAGUCAAAUAUUGGAGCAGAAACGGGAGUAUUCACAAAGCUGGAGCAAGGCCUUGCACUAUAUUCUGGAGAUGGACAAACCUUUAUCCCAGCACAGGGCACAGGACAAUGUUAAAUUAAAAGACAAGGAGAGACAAAACAUCAAGGACAAGUUUACAGGCUUUAAUAAGGAGCUCGAAGAAAUCUUCAGAGUUCAGAAAACCUACGCUAUGCCAGACAGUGAACUCAGAGCUUCCCUGGUUGCAGAAAACAAAGAGUACAUGGUGCCUCGAUACACUUUAUUCUAUAACAAAUACUGCAACCUGAAUUUUAGUAAGAACAAGAACAAGUACAUCAAAUACCAGCCAUCAGAUGUGGCAGCUUUGCUGGACAAAUUCUUUGAUGCGUCUGCAUAG